AUGGCUGCCGCAAAGAAGCCCCGCGUGGUGCUCCUCGACAUUGAGGGCACCGUCUGCCCCAUCUCAUUCGUCAAGGAUGUUCUUUUCCCCUACGCCCUCUCCGCCCUACCCUCAACGCUGGCACAAGAAUGGGACGCCCCCGCCUUCGCGCGCUACCGCGCCGCCUUCCCCGCGGAGCACGCCAGCACGCCGUCUGCGCUCGCCGCGCACGCGCGCGACCUGAUGGCGCGCGACGUCAAGAUCGGCUACCUCAAGGCCCUGCAGGGCUACCUGUGGGAGGCCGGCUACGCGUCGGGCGCGCUGCGGGCGCCGCUGUUUGAGGACGUGGCGCCCAAGGUUAGGGAGUGGACUUCUGCUGCUGGAGAAGAAGGAGGGGUGGCGCGGGUGAUGAUCUACUCGUCCGGCUCGGUGCCCGCGCAGAAACUGCUUUUCCGCCACACCAGCGGCGAGCCGGCCGACCUGACGGACGCCAUCACGGACUACUUUGACACCGUCAACGCUGGGCCCAAGACGGAGCCCGCGAGCUACGAGCGCAUCGCGGCCAAGUAUCCCGAGGUGCCUGCCGGGGAGUGGCUGUUUUUGAGUGAUAAUGUGCGCGAGGUGGAGGCGGCGAGGGAGGCCGGCAUGCGCGCUUGCGUGGUGCAGCGGCCGGGCAACGCCGAGUUGCCGGAGGACGUGAGGGGCAGGUUGGAGGUGGUGGAGAGUUUUGAGGAGCUCUAA